AGUGGCUGUAGGAUUUUUAGCGGGCCAGCUGAGCUUCGCCACUUUGAAACCCUAGUUGAGCCCGGUUCGAACUAAGAUAAAAUCCUCCUCGUCUUCCUCAUCGUUUUCCUCUCCUCUUCUGUUUUCUCUGAUUGCUGGAGAGAGAAAAUUGUAGUUAUGUCUGACGAGGAGCACCACUUCGAAUCAAAGGCCGACGCUGGAGCAUCCAAGACCUAUCCCCAACAAGCUGGUACUGUCCGAAAGAACGGUUACAUCGUCAUUAAAGGCCGUCCCUGCAAGGUUGUUGAGGUCUCUACCUCCAAAACAGGCAAGCAUGGACAUGCCAAGUGUCACUUUGUGGCGAUUGAUAUUUUUAAUGGCAAGAAGCUUGAAGAUAUUGUCCCAUCAUCUCACAACUGUGAUGUUCCUCAUGUUAAUCGUACUGACUAUCAGCUGAUUGACAUCUCUGAAGAUGGUUUUGUGAGUCUUUUAACUGAAAAUGGUAACACCAAAGAUGACCUGAGGCUUCCAACCGAUGAGAAUCUGCUAAGCCAGUGGUCUGCCAGGCGACCACCCUUGGUUGUUGCAUUUUUUGUGCUGAGGUUGGGACACUCCAAUCUCUACCCUUCCCUUUAUCUCUACUCCAAACAGUGGCUUGGUGAUUUAGUGUUUGUGUGCAAGGUGGGCAGUCUCUUGUUGUUGGGUGGCGGUGGUGCUCAAUGGCUGUCGAGUUUCUGGCGGUUAUGGGUGGUGCAGUGGAGGUGUUGUUGCAAUGAGAUUAAAGAUGGGUUUGCUGAAGGGAAAGACCUUGUGGUUAGUGUCAUGUCGGCCAUGGGAGAAGAACAAAUCUGUGCCCUCAAGGACAUAGGCCCAAAGAACUAA